UGGCUUCUCGAAAUGAUAACAUCUCAAAAGUGUUGUGAUUAUAUAUACUUAAAAUAUUACAUAAAUAGUGAUAAAUCAGAUUUAUUACACUCAAUUUUUAAAAUUGCAUAUUUAAAUAACAAAACUUGUAGCAUACAACCGUAAUAUACAGGAUUUCUAAAGUAAAAACAUGGCAUGUCUAAAAAUGCUACUAAGUGGCAGUUUAACAUUCAUCGUCACGACGACGCUUGUUAUCGCUGAAUCUGAGUUACCGAAAUAUUAUCCAUCUCAUUAUGACAUCAAGCUUAAAACAAACAUUAAAUUAAACAAGAAUAAAUUCUAUGGUGAAUGCAAUGUUACUAUGAAUAUUUAUUCGGAGACAAUACAGGAGAUAAAUUUAUAUGCGGAAAGCUUAUCCAUAAUUGAUAUAAAUUUAAUUCAACCUUUAGAAAGAUUUGAUAAAAAUGAUAAAAAAAUUAAAAUUAUUAAAUCAAAUUAUACAUAUAAUAAUGAAAAGCAUAUUAUCAGCAUUUAUUCCACGAAAAUGUUACCGGAGAAAUGUAUUAUAAAUAUGAGAUUUAUAGGUAAUCUACAUGAUAACAGAGGAAUUGCAACUUUCUACAGAAGACGUAAAAAUACAGAAUAUGAGACGUGGCUACCUGUAAUAUGCUUUUGGAAUUUUCACACGCAAAAAAUACUUCCAUGUUGGGAUAACAUGCAAUUUUCAAGCAAAUUUAAAAUUUCUAUAAAGCACCAUGAAAGUUACGAGAUUUUGUCAAAUAUGCCAAAGCAAGAAGAGGAAGCAGAUGAAAACGGCCUGAUGUGGACACAUUUUGAUACCACUCCUGAAAUAUACAUUUAUUUAGUUGCGAUAGUUAUGGUUGAGAAAUCAAUAUUUCACGAACUGUAUAGAAUUGAUAAAGAAUUGAUAAAGAAUAACAGAAUAUCACAUUAUAAUGUCACAUUAAGGGGUAGGCCAAACUGUUUAUCUGAUUUUUGGUAUGCUCAAAAUAUUAUGAAAAAUAUCACGCUGUUUAUAAACCAAGAAUGGACAAAUUCAAGAGAAGUUUUGAAAGUGGAUAAUAUCGCAAUACCAGAUUACCAGGAUAAUGACAUAAUAAAUAAGGGACUUAUUUUAUAUAGAGAAUCAGAUAUUAUAUAUAAUAAAGAUGCAGAUCCAGCUGGUCGUAAAAUCGAAGUAGCGCGCUUAAUAGGAUAUAAAAUAACACAAGAAUGGCUUCCUCACUUUCAUGUAUUUUGUUCUCUUAGUCCGUGGGUGCAAAAAGCUUUGGCCACAUUUAUGGGAGCGUAUGCUGUUGAUAAGGUUUUUCCAGAGACUCGGAUGAUGGAUUUGUUUGUCGUCCAAAUUCAACAUGAAGUUUUACAUUGGGAUAGUCAUUUUCAGUUUCCUACGUCACAUGCCGCCUUUUCUGAACUAAUCUCUUACAAAGGAUCCGUUAUAUUGCGUAUGUUGCAACAUACUUUUAUCGAAGAAAUAUUUUGGAAAUAUGUAGUUAAGGAAAUGAUAUUAUGCGUAUAUGAGGCGGCUUUGAAAACUUCUUAUAUUAAUAAACAGAAAUCGGAUUCACUCGUACCAACGCAAGAAGAAUUUGAUGCCAUAUAUAGUGUAGAGCAAUUGAAAAGUUGGCUAAAUCAUAAAUAUUAUCCUAUUAUAAAAGUGAUACGAAAAUAUGAUGAAUCGCAGUUUACAAUCGAAAAUGUAACAAUAGAAAUUAUCAAUAUGCCAAAAAAUUUGAGCAUACCUUUGACUUAUACUACGCAGAUACAAUCAAAUUUUUAUGAUACUUCACCUAACAUUUGGUUGAAACUCUAUGAAGAAUCAUUUGAUAACCAAACCAAUAAUAUCCAAAUCCAUAUUGAGGAGAUUAAAAAUCUUACAAGCGAUCAAUGGAUAAUAUUUAAUUUACAACAAACUGGAUAUUAUCGCGUAAAUUAUGAUAAAAAGAAUUGGAAAUUAAUUUCACGUUAUUUAAAAUCUGAGAAUUACAUAAAUAUACACGUUCUCAAUCGUGCUCAAAUUAUCGAUGAUGCUUUUCACUUAAUGCUGGCAUACCAAAUCACUCCUUUCACAUUCUGGGAUAUCGCGACUUAUUUAGAGCAAGAAACAGAUUAUGUGGCCUGGUAUCCUAUGUUCAAAGCUCUAGAAUACAUGUCGAGCAUUUUUACUCUUGAUUCGUUUGGUAAAAAUCUUUUCGUGAGGGUAACGAUGCAAAAAAUGUUACAUGAAAUGUUGAAAAGAAUUAGAUACACAGAAUAUGCUAACGAAGAUGAACAUACAAAAUGUUUGAGACAAGAAGCUACAAAAUGGUUAUGUUUAUUAGGCCACACAGACUGCAUAAAAGAAGCCCAUAAUAAAUAUAUAUUACAUUUUGAACACCCCGAGGAACAUAAAAUUUUGCCAUGGUGGAAGGAAUGGACAUACUGUAAUAGUUUGUCUUUGCCUGAGGAAGGCUUCUUAAGAGACGUUAAGAGUAACAUGUUUAAUGCAUCGUUGAAUGAUAAUAAAAAUUCUAAAUUCUUGACUUGCAUCCAAAAUAUUGAUCUCAUCAAAGAUUACAUAAUAAACUUGAUUAUGUAUUUCAAUCCGGAUAAUUAUAUUUUAAGAUUGCAACGUAUUAACAAUUUGCUUACUAUUAUUUCAAAACAUGUUAAAAUUGAUAAUAUACGUAGAUUCAUAUUAAAUAAUUUUAGAGAAGUAAUAUCCAGACAAAUCAACAUAUGUGCAACAUUAACUGUUGUUGUUAAUCAUUUAUACGAUGACUAUCAGCUAAACGAGGUAGAAGAUUUCAUGAAGAAUGAUUUGAAAAGAACGAAACUAUCUUCAUCCAAAUCUGUGUCCCAAAAGGAGGAAUACGAAGCAAAUGUAAUAAAAGUUCUAGAAAAGAUAAAAAUUCGUCGCAUACAAAUCAAGAAUCAGAACGAAUUUGUACAGACUUUUCAGUUCUAUUCCUGAUAUUAGUAAAAGUAAAAAAAAGUAGAGCGCACACGUGUGUAAUAUCGUAGACAUGCACAUAUCUAUCUGUUCUAUAAACGUUUUCUACAUAGCUCUUUAUUUUUAUUUAUGUUAUUAAUUUUUUAUUAUUAUUAUUAUUAUUAUUAUUAUUAAGAAAGCGUAUUUAUGAUGCACUCGCAUUUAUAAAAACACUUUACAAAAUGCAGUAUAUUUCCUUAUAAACGAAAAACACUUAAAUCAUAUAACUAUUUACACAAGCAAAGCAUUAUAUUUCUUCAAUUUUACAGUCAAAUCUUUACAGAAAACAAACAUGUGUUAUUAGUACAGUCAAGGACGUAUAGAUUGUGAAAUUUAAAUUAAAUUUUUGUUUGUGAAAUAUACAUACAUUUACAAUUUAUUAAAUAAACUAAUUUUUUUAAUUAAAACCUAUUUAAUAUAAUAUAAUAUAACUUACAAUUAAAA